UUUUCCAGAGCUUGAGCCAACUGCAGAGAUGGAAGCUGAGUCUUUACCUUUCUCCUUUGGGACACUAUCCAGCUGGGAGCUGGAAGCAUGGUAUGAGGACUUACAGGAGGUCCUGUCCUCAGAUGAAAAUGGGGGGACCUUUGUGCCACCCCCUGGAAAUGAGGAGGAAGAAUCAAAAACCUUCACCACGCUUGACUCUGCCUCUCUGGCCUGGCUGACUGAGGAGCCAGGACCAGCAAAGGUCACAAGCACUUCCCAGAGCCCUCGGUCUCCAGAUUCAAGUCGGAGUUCUCUGGCUCAGGAAGAAGAGGAGGAAGACCAAAGAAGAUCCAGGAAACGAAAAAAGAGUGGUCAGUCCCCAGCUCGGGCUGGGAAACAACGCAUGAAGGAGAAAGAACAGGAGAAUGAAAGGAAAGUGGCACAGCUAGCUGAAGAAAAUGAGCGGCUCAAGCAGGAAAUUGAGCGCUUGACUAGGGAAGUAGAGUCAACUCGCAGAGCACUGAUUGACCGAAUGGUUAAUCUACACCCAGCAUGAACAACUGGGACCAUCACUCCCCGAC